GCGGCGAGGAGUAGCUUCAGUGGGCACAGAGGCGUUCGCGCGAGCCGUGGCGGGGCGAGCUGUGGCAGUAGCAACCUCACCACCGCCGGCAGCGUCAGCCGCGGUGUCCAUAGCGCCAGCAGCGGCGGUUUUUGCAAAGGCUGAGCGCAGGGGUCGGGCGGGCCAGGAAGCCAUGGAGUUCUGUGCAGUCGCGGACUCCCGGGGAGCGGACUAGGGAAACUUGGAGGCUGCGACCAGGUGCACUGACCUCUCUCUCCUCCCUCUCCUCGCCGUCGCCGCCGGGCCUCCCCUCCCUCCUUGCCACAACACACACCUCCCCUCCUCUCGCCGUCGAACCUCAGGUGCCUGAGUGUUCCACUCCUCCCCCUGGGCCGAGCGUUGAGAGUAAUCACCGCCCCCUUCCCCCGCCUUUUCCUGCCCUGGAUCUCCGCCGCCACCUCCGUCUCGCGGCUCCCUGGCCGGGGGUGAGGACGAGUCCGGAGUAUCUGGGGUUUGGCGUUGUUGUCAGCCUCGGGGAGAGAGAUUGGACAAAUAUUCUCCAAGAGGAGGAGGGCGACGCCAAGGACUUUCCCCAUCAACUGCUUUUGGGUUUUCUCCACAACUUGGAAGAGUGACCCUUUUCCUGUUGUGUUGCGUGUGUGUGCUUAUUCCUAGUGCAGCAAUUGCUGUCCCAUAGUGACUCCGAGUUGUCCUUUCUUAUGAACUAGCGAGCAAUGGCUAGUGAAGACAAUAAUGUCCCUUCCCCGCCACCAACAGGUGAUGACGGGGGAGGUGGAGGGAAAGAAGAAACCUCUGCUGAAGAGGGUGCAUUGUCCCUGAAACCAGGGCUCCCCAUCAGGGGCAUCAGAAUGAAAUUUGCCGUGUUGACGGGGUUGGUUGAAGUUGGAGAAGUAUCCAAUAGGGAUAUUGUAGAAACUGUCUUUAACCUGCUGGUAGGAGGGCAGUUUGAUUUGGAAAUGAAUUUCAUUAUCCAAGAAGGUGAGAGUAUCAUCUGCAUGGUGGACCUACUAGAAAAAUGUGACAUUACUUGCCAAGCAGAAGUCUGGAGCAUGUUUACAGCGAUUCUGAAGAAAAGCAUACGAAACCUUCAAGUCUGCGCUGAAGUAGGCCUUGUUGAGAAAGUGCUCGGGAAAAUUGAAAAAGUUGACAAUAUGAUAGCAGAUCUUUUAGUUGACAUGUUGGGAGUGCUGGCUAGCUAUAAUUUGACCGUUCGAGAACUAAAGCUGUUCUUCAGUAAACUUCAAGGAAAUAAAGGACAAUGGCCUCCACAUGCUGGGAAGUUGCUGUCUGUGUUAAAGCAUAUGCCUCAGAAGUAUGGUCCUGAUGCCUUUUUCAACUUUCCAGGAAAGAGUGCUGCAGCCAUUGCAUUACCUCCUAUAGCCAAAUGGCCAUACCAGAAUGGUUUCACAUUUCAUACCUGGCUAAGAAUGGAUCCUGUAAAUAACAUCAAUGUGGAUAAGGAUAAACCAUAUUUAUAUUGUUUCAGAACGAGCAAAGGUCUUGGUUACUCUGCUCACUUUGUUGGGGGCUGUUUGAUUAUAACAUCAAUAAAGUCAAAAGGAAAAGGCUUUCAACACUGUGUGAAGUUUGAUUUUAAACCACAAAAGUGGUAUAUGGUGACUAUAGUGCACAUUUAUAACCGAUGGAAGAACAGUGAGCUUCGUUGUUACGUGAAUGGUGAGCUAGCUUCCUAUGGAGAGAUAACAUGGUUUGUCAACACCAGUGAUACCUUUGACAAAUGUUUCCUGGGCUCAUCAGAAACAGCGGAUGCUAAUAGAGUAUUCUGUGGUCAGAUGACUGCAGUUUACCUUUUUAGUGAAGCUCUUAAUGCUGCUCAGAUUUUUGCUAUUUAUCAGUUGGGCCUGGGAUAUAAGGGUACAUUUAAAUUCAAAGCAGAAAGUGAUCUGUUUCUUGCUGAGCAUCACAAACUUUUAUUGUAUGAUGGCAAACUCUCUAGUGCCAUUGCAUUCACUUACAAUCCACGUGCUACAGAUGCCCAGCUCUGCCUUGAAUCAUCCCCUAAGGACAAUCCUUCAAUUUUUGUCCAUUCACCACAUGCACUUAUGCUCCAGGAUGUGAAGGCAGUUUUAACACAUUCCAUUCAAAGUGCUAUGCAUUCAAUUGGAGGAGUACAAGUGCUGUUUCCACUUUUUGCACAGUUGGAUUAUAGACAAUAUUUAUCUGAUGAGGUUGACUUGACUAUAUGUUCAACUUUGCUGGCUUUUAUCAUGGAGUUGUUGAAGAACUCAAUUGCUAUGCAGGAGCAGAUGCUUGCCUGCAAGGGCUUCUUGGUAAUAGGAUACAGUCUUGAAAAGUCUUCCAAAUCCCAUGUCAGCAGAGCAGUACUUGAACUUUGUCUUGCAUUUUCAAAAUAUCUGAGUAAUCUGCAGAAUGGGAUGCCCCUACUCAAACAGUUGUGUGAUCACAUUCUUCUUAACCCAGCUAUAUGGAUUCAUACCCCAGCCAAGGUUCAGUUGACACUCUAUACUUACCUAUCCACGGAAUUCGUUGGUACAGUCAACAUAUAUAAUGCCAUUCGGAGAGUUGGAACAGUGCUUCUUAUCAUGCAUACACUGAAGUAUUACUACUGGGCAGUGAAUCCUCAGGAUCGAAGUGGUAUCACCCCUAAAGGAUUAGAUGGACCACGACCUAAUCAAAAAGAAAUACUUUCUCUACGAGCAUUCUUGUUGAUGUUCAUUAAGCAGUUAGUGAUGAAGGAUUCUGGAGUAAAGGAAGAUGAACUGCAGGCCAUUCUUAAUUACCUACUCACUAUGCAUGAGGAUGACAAUCUAAUGGAUGUCCUACAACUGCUUGUUGCAUUAAUGUCAGAACAUCCUAACUCUAUGAUUCCUGCUUUUGACCAAAGGAAUGGAUUACGUGUCAUCUAUAAACUUAUGGCAUCGACAAGUGAAGGAAUCAGAGUACAAGCUCUCAAGGCAAUGGGCUAUUUUUUAAAACACCUGGCCCCAAAAAGAAAAGCUGAAGUCAUGCUUGGACAUGGAUUAUUUUCAUUGCUAGCAGAAAGACUCAUGCUUCAGACAAAUUUAAUCACAAUGACCACAUACAAUGUUUUGUUUGAGAUUCUUAUAGAGCAUAUUUGUACUCAAGUGAUACACAAACAGCAUCCGGAUCCUGAUUCUUCAGUAAAGAUACAAAAUCCUCAGAUACUAAAAGUAAUUGCAACCCUACUUCGAAAUUCUCCCCAUUGCCCAGAGAGCAUGGAAGUUCGCAGAGCCUUUCUUUCUGACAUGAUUAAACUUUUUAAUAACAGUAGAGAAAACAGAAGGAGCUUGCUACAGUGUUCUGUAUGGCAAGAAUGGAUGCUUUCUCUUUGCUAUUUCAAUCCUACGAAUUCUGAUGAGCAAAAGAUAACAGAAAUGGUGUAUGCCAUAUUCAGAAUCCUACUUUACCAUGCAGUCAAAUAUGAAUGGGGUGGCUGGCGUGUGUGGGUAGACACCUUAUCAAUCACACAUUCAAAGGUCACUUUUGAAAUACACAAAGAAAAUCUUGCCAAUAUGUUCAGAGAACACCAGGGAAAAAUUGAUGAAGAAAUAGGGCAAUGUUCAAGUCCAGUUGAAGCAGUCUCUGCCAUUAGCAGGGAUGUUAAUGUUUCAGUAGCAUCCCAGCAAUCAGAUAUGAAGGCUUGUCCUGUGUCUCCUCAUAGCACCAGAAAUAGUGAUGAAAAGUCAACUGUUGAGAAGACAGUUUCAGUAGACUCUGCUUCCAUCGUUGAACUGCAAACUCCUAACCCAUCUAAUGAAGAAAGGAAAACUGGUCAAGAAAGUCAGGAGUUACUAGUUGAAGUCCCUUUAGAAGAAACAUUGAUAAAUGAAACAAUUAAUACAGGUGAUUUAGAAGUAUCCUCUGUUAUGAUAGAAGGUGAGACUGUUUCCUCUAGUUCUUUUAAAACGAGUGUCACAGGUAUAAUGACUGUUAGUGAAGUAACUGCUUCUAUAAGUUCUCCUUCAGAAGAGGAUGCCUCAGAGGUGCCAGAGUUAUUGGAUAAGUCUAUGGUAGAGGAAGAUGAUGACAAUUAUGUAGAACUGAAGGUGGAAAGUGGUCCUACUGAGGAAGCCAGUCUACCCACAGAGCUCCAAGAAGAUAGUUUGUCUCCAGAUGCAUCUGAAGGCAGUGGAAGACUGGACAUGCUUAGUAAUGACAACAAAUUAAUCUUUCAAGAGCAGGAAGCUGUAAGUAAGAAGCAAACUGACAGUGAAACUCAAGAUUCCAAAGAUUCUGGAAUCUUGACUAUGACAGCAUCAGGGUCUUCGGCUACAUCACCAGAUACUACUGUUUCCCAGACACCUGCCCAGUCAGACAUUGGUGAGAUGCUAGAGGAAGGGAAGAAAGCAGCUAACUUGGUGAGAGAAACCAAAUUAAUUGGUGAUUCUCCUGUCUUUGAGUCUCCUACUACUUCUGAGCAGAGGAUUGCUAAAUUGGAUGUUUCCAGUGUUGCUACAGAUACUGAGAGAUUGGAAUUGAAGGCCAAUACAAACAUGGAGGCAUCUCAACCCCAUCAGCCUGUGCCUGAGAUGUCAAGGCGGCAGGAGGAACCAGGUCAAGGAAUAGCACCAGAUGGAGUUACUGGACAAAGGAGGGAUUCCAGAUCCGCUAUGUUUCGUAUUCCUGAGUUCAAAUGGUCUCAAAUGCAUCAGCGUUUGCUCACUGAUCUAUUAUUUUCAAUAGAAACAGAUAUACAGAUGUGGAGAAGCCAUUCAACAAAGACAGUUAUGGACUUCGUGAAUAGCAGUGAUAAUGUCAUCUUUGUACACAACACAAUUCAUCUCAUCUCUCAAGUGAUGGACAAUAUGGUCAUGGCUUGUGGGGGUAUACUGCCGUUGCUUUCAGCAGCUACAUCGGCUACACAUGAGCUGGAGAAUAUUGAACCUACUCAAGGCCUUUCAAUAGAAGCCUCUGUGACAUUUUUGCAGAGGCUAAUCAGCCUUGUGGAUGUGCUUAUAUUUGCAAGUUCUCUUGGCUUUACUGAAAUUGAAGCUGAAAAAAGUAUGUCUUCUGGUGGAAUUUUGCGGCAGUGUCUCCGACUAGUGUGUGCAGUGGCAGUAAGGAAUUGUUUAGAGUGUCAACAGCAUUCACAACUGAAAGCUAGAGGAGAUGCAGCCAAAGGCCAGAAAACAAUGCACAGCCUGAUUCCCAUGGGGAAAUCUGCAGCAAAGAGUCCAGUGGACAUUGUAACUGGUGGUAUAUCUCCAGUAAGAGAUUUUGACAAGCUCCUACAAGACAUGGAUAUUAAUCGGCUUAGGGCAGUUGUCUUCAGAGACAUAGAGGAUAGCAAACAAGCUCAGUUUUUAGCCUUGGCAGUUGUAUACUUUAUCUCUGUUCUUAUGGUCUCAAAGUAUAGAGACAUUUUGGAACCCCAAAAUGAAAGCCGUAUCCAGUCAUUUAAGGAAACUGGUAGUGAACGUGGAAAUUUAUCACUUCCUGAUGUAGAAAAUACACCAUCAGCAUUUAGUCCGUUAACACCAGCGUCAGUGGAAGAAUCUGAAAGCACAUCAUCUACUCGAAGGAGGGACUCAGGCAUUGGCGAAGAAACAGCUGCUGGCUUAGGAAACAGUGUGGAUGUAGCUCCUCCUAUAGUACCUCCAAGUGUCAGUGCAGGCCCAGAUGCAAUCAGUGAGGCACUGUGCACUCUUUCUUUAGAAGUCAAUAAAUCUCAGGAAACCAAAAAUGAUGGAGGAAGUGAGUUGGAUAACAAGGCUGCACCGUCAGUUCCAGUUUCAAAAAAUGUCAAUGUAAAGGACAUUCUUCGAAGCUUGGUUAAUAUACCAGGAGAUGGAGUCACAGUGGAUCCUACCCUUCUGCCACCAGCCUGCCUUGGAGCUCUUGGUGAUCUAUCUGUUGAACAAUCUGUGCAGUUCAGAUCUUUUGAUAGAAGUGUCGUCAUUGCAACAAAAAAAUCAGCAGUCUUACCUUCCACACUUAGUACAAGUCUACCUACCAAUGCUGUCAGUGUGGUUUCUUCAGUAGAUUCAAGCCAAGCCUCAGAUGUAGGAGGAGAAUCACCUGGUGGUAGAUCAUCUAAUGCAAAAUUGCCCUCGGUGCCAACAGUUGGCUCAGUUCCACAAGACCAGGUUUCAAAUAUGAGUAUUACAGAGAGGCUUGAACAUGCUUUGGAAAAGGCAGCUCCUCUUCUGCGAGAGAUUUUUGUGGAUUUUGCACCUUUUCUUUCUCGGACACUUUUGGGUAGUCAUGGACAAGAACUGCUUAUAGAAGGAACAAGUCUGGUUUGCAUGAAGUCUAGUAGUUCGGUUGUGGAAUUGGUUAUGCUACUGUGUUCUCAGGAGUGGCAGAAUUCUAUCCAGAAGAAUGCAGGCCUUGCUUUUAUUGAACUUGUCAACGAAGGAAGGUUGCUUAGCCAAACAAUGAAGGAUCAUCUAGUAAGAGUAGCAAAUGAAGCUGAAUUUAUCCUGAGCAGGCAACGAGCAGAGGAUAUUCACAGACAUGCAGAAUUUGAGUCACUGUGUGCCCAGUAUUCAGCAGACAAACGGGAAGAUGAGAAGAUGUGUGAUCAUUUGAUAAGAGCAGCUAAAUAUCGAGACCAUGUGACAGCAACUCAACUAAUCCAGAAAAUUAUCAACAUUCUCACAGACAAGCAUGGAGCCUGGGGAAAUUCUGCAGUGAGUCGUCCUCGUGAGUUCUGGCGCCUUGACUACUGGGAAGAUGACUUGCGGCGCCGGCGACGAUUUGUGCGUAACCCUCUAGGAUCGACACAUCCUGAAGCGACACUAAAAACAGCCGUGGAACAUGGUCAGUGUAUAAACCACUCCUUGCCAGUAGCAGCAGCUGCGGAUGAAGAUAUCCUCACUAAAGGAAAACAGUCCAUCAAGAGUCAGGCUUUAGGAAAUCAGAACUCAGAAAACGAGAUCCUCUUGGAAGGCGACGACGAUACUCUGUCAUCCGUGGAUGAGAAAGAUUUAGAGAAUCUCGCUGGUCCUGUUAGCCUGAGCACACUGGCUCAGCUUGUGGCCCCCUCUGUUGUAGUAAAGGGCACUCUUUCUGUCACCUCCUCCGAACUCUAUUUUGAGGUGGAUGAAGAGGACUCUAACUUCAAGAAAAUCGACCCCAAGAUCCUGGCAUAUACAGAAGGGCUGCAUGGAAAAUGGCUGUUUACAGAGAUACGAUCAAUCUUUUCUCGUCGUUAUCUCUUGCAAAAUACAGCCUUGGAGAUCUUUAUGGCAAACAGAGUUGCUGUAAUGUUCAACUUCCCAGACCCUGCAACAGUAAAGAAAGUAGUUAACUAUCUACCUCGUGUUGGUAUUGGAACCAGCUUUGGGUUGCCUCAAACCAGGCGUAUCUCAUUAGCUAGUCCACGUCAACUUUUUAAAGCUUCUAAUAUGACCCAGCGAUGGCAGCAUAGAGAGAUUUCAAAUUUUGAGUAUUUGAUGUUUCUCAACACAAUAGCAGGACGGAGUUAUAAUGACUUAAAUCAGUAUCCAGUGUUUCCCUGGGUCAUUACUAAUUAUGAAUCAGAAGAACUGGAUCUUACCUUGCCAAGCAACUUCAGAGAUUUGUCCAAGCCAAUAGGAGCUUUGAAUCCAAAAAGAGCAGCAUUCUUUGCAGAGCGUUAUGAAUCAUGGGAAGAUGAUCAAGUUCCAAAGUUCCACUAUGGUACUCAUUACUCAACUGCAAGUUUUGUUCUUGCAUGGCUGCUAAGAAUAGAACCUUUCACAACUUAUUUUCUAAAUUUGCAAGGAGGGAAAUUUGAUCAUGCAGAUCGAACUUUUUCAUCAAUUUCCAGAGCUUGGCGAAACUGUCAGCGUGAUACAUCUGAUAUUAAGGAGUUGAUCCCGGAAUUUUAUUAUCUCCCUGAGAUGUUUGUCAACUUCAAUAAUUAUAAUCUUGGAGUGAUGGAUGAUGGGACAGUAGUGUCUGAUGUUGAACUUCCUCCUUGGGCCAAAACCUCAGAAGAAUUUGUUCGCAUAAACAGAUUGGCCCUGGAGAGUGAAUUUGUUUCCUGCCAGCUUCACCAAUGGAUUGAUCUCAUUUUUGGCUAUAAACAGCUAGGACCAGAGGCUGUUCGAUCCCUCAAUGUGUUCUAUUACCUGACCUAUGAAGGAGCUGUCAAUCUGAAUUCCAUAGCUGAUCCUGUGUUGAGAGAGGCUGUUGAAGCUCAAAUUCGAAGUUUUGGACAGACACCUUCUCAACUACUCAUAGAGCCCCAUCCUCCCAGAGGCUCUGCUAUGCAAAUGUAUCUCCUCCUGCAGAGUCCAUUGAUGUUCACAGACCAAGCCCAGCAGGAUGUUAUCAUGGUCCUAAAGUUUCCCUCCAACUCCCCUGUCACUCACGUGGCAGCUAACACCCAGCCUGGUCUGGCGACUCCUGCUGUAAUCACAGUCACUGCUAACAGGCUAUUUGCAGUGAACAAGUGGCACAGCCUUCCUGCUCAUCAAGGUGCAGUACAAGACCAGCCAUACCAGCUGCCAGUGGAAAUCGAUCCUCUCAUAGCCAGCAAUACAGGAAUGCACAGGAGGCAAAUCACUGACCUUUUAGACCAAAGUAUUCAAGUCCAUUCCCAGUGCUUUGUCAUCACUUCGGACAACCGCUACAUUCUCAUCUGUGGCUUCUGGGAUAAGAGUUUCCGAGUCUACUCUACUGACACAGGAAAAUUGAUUCAAGUGGUAUUUGGCCAUUGGGAUGUGGUCACUUGCCUCACUCGUUCUGAGUCCUAUAUUGGGGGAAAUUGCUACAUUCUCUCAGGGUCACGUGACGCAACCCUUCUGCUCUGGUACUGGAAUGGAAAAAGCAGUGGGAUUGGAGAUAACCCAGGCAGUGAGACCACCACUCCUCGAGCCAUUCUGACAGGCCACGACUAUGAGAUCACUUGUGCUGCUGUCUGCGCUGAGCUAGGCCUGGUGUUAAGUGGCUCCAAAGAAGGACCAUGUCUCAUACAUUCCAUGAAUGGAGACUUAUUAAGGACUUUGGAGGGUCCUGAGAACUGCUUGAAACCAAAACUCAUUCAGGCUUCAAGAGAGGGUCAUUGUGUCAUAUUCUAUGAAAAUGGCUGCUUCUGUACAUUCAGUGUGAAUGGGAAACUCCAGGCCACUAUGGAAACGGAUGACAACGUAAGGGCCAUUCAGCUGAGCCGAGACGGGCAGUACCUGCUCACAGGAGGGGACAAAGGUGUGGUCAUGGUCUGGCAGGUGUCUGACCUCAAGCACCUCUUUGCCUAUCCAGGCUGCGAUGCUGGAAUCCGGGCUAUGGCCCUGUCUUACGACCAGAGGUGCAUCAUUUCUGGCAUGGCCUCAGGAAGCAUUGUUCUGUUUUACAACGACUUUAACCGGUGGCAUCACGAAUCCCAAACCCGCUACUGACCGGGGACAGCUGCGCAUCAGCCGGGCCCCCAGUCCCGGUGGGGGGUAAUCGGGAGCAUCUUGCUUAGAAAUAGCUAUCACAUCUGAAUGUAACUCAGAUUUGCUCUAAGAAGCAAAAUAUUUUUUAAAGUUAAUUGCUAUUUUUGUAGACUGCUUGACUUUCGGGGGGGGAUAGCAAAGCAGAAAAUUGGCUGCUGGGUUCUGUAGUUUAAAAAAUCUAUAUUUUUAGUCAUAAUGAGAAGUCUAUUUUCACCAAUUAUGGAAACAUACAGUGGAGCAAGUAAACCCACUUAUUCUAGCUAUAUUAUGAAAAACCACUUCCCUUUAUCUGUAAUCUUGAGACAUACAUGAUCUUAAUAGGGAAGUGGGUUAUAAUACUGGGAUAGGGAAUUUUAUGCUGUACUUUGGGUCCUGUAUUUUUCCAAGCAAUCGUGCUUCUUUGGCACUGAAAUUUCUGGGAUUUUAAAUAGUAAUGUUUAAAUUGUGGUAAAUGUAAUUUAAAACAUCUCAAUGAGUUAUUUCGAUCAAUAUUAUUGUUCAAGCAUGCUUUAGACCUAGAAAAUUAUGGUUUGGGGGAGGUUCUUUUAUUUUAUUGUGUGGUUAACAUAAAGGAUCUAAUGUUAUAGCAAGUGUGAAGUAUUUACAAUGUUUUAUUUACAAUGUUUUCCUGAUAGGUUGUCUUUCAUAGCACACCAAAAUGAAAUGAUGGAAAGGCUCGUGGCCUCACAACCUUUGUUUUUCUCUUAAAGUAAAUGCAAGUACCAAAGCUCACCCCUGAGGUUUGACUGUGCCCGGGCACUGAGGCAGAGCCAGCAGCCAGGCUCCCCUCCCCUACCCGGGUCUGAGAACAGAGGCAACACCCAUCUGACCUUCUCUUUGUUACUAAAUAUCUUCACCUUCCUUUGAGUAGCAAUUUGUACUAAGAAACAUGUUAUUUUGGUGUUGUAUAAUUCUACUUUUCUAGUAGAUUGCUGUGUGGAAAUCUGUGAAAAAUAUUUGAGAAAAGGUCUGUAUUGCAUAAAUAAAUUCUUUGUAAGUUGUGAACUUCAAGUUGCAACCAGCAUUCCAUCUCUGUUUCUCUUGUAACUUACCUAAAAGGGUCCCCUCCUAUUUUCCAACAUUCAGCUCUUCUCUUCUCUAACAGCAAAGAUUUGGAAUGGAACUCAGUUUGACAGAAAAAUAAAAUGGUGUUUGUAAUUGAA